AUUGCGAGGUUUAAUGUUCGUCCGAAGAUAACUUUAUUUUCUGCAUUGGUCCCUACUUUUGAUUUACCAUGAACUGGGAUUCAAGCAUGGUUAUUUGCCGAGGCUAGAUUAGCGGAAUUCGUACUCUGUGCUCCGAAACCCUAAACCCUACCCUUUACGAAAAUCACAAUUACUGCAAGCUCUUGGUUGAUUCACGAUUAUUCAGAUUCUGCUGCAAUGUGGAACUGUGGAGUGCGGAGAAGGAGAAUGGCUGAAAGCUGAAGCUGAGUCGUGCAGAAUCGGUGACUGGGAAAUGAAAAAAAUGAUGCACUACUUUCUCAUUUCUAGGUUUGCUUCUUCCUUCCCAAUCCCAAACCGCAGCCAAUUGAAUCUCGUUCGACAAAAUGCUUUCCUUUUCUUCACGGCACCGGCUAGCUUUUCUGAACCAAAACGUAAUCAGCUCAAAUAUGACAACUUUACGGUCUCUUACCUCAUCACCUCAUGUGGGUUGCCCCCCGAAACCGCUGCACGAGUGUCCAGUAAUGUACGAUUGAAAACCCUAGAUAAGUCAAAUGCGGUCCUGAAUCUUCUCAAGAACUUCGGAUUCUCCAAAAACCAGAUUGCCAAAUGUGUGCAGAAAAUACCCUCGCUGCUUAAUGUUAACGCAGAGAAGACCCUUUUGCCCAAAUUCAAGUUCUUCCGCUCUAUUGGGGUUUCAAACAUUGAUUUCCCGGAAUUCAUCAUUGAUAAUCCUACAGUCUUGUCAAGGAGCUUGAACAAGUGUCUUAUUCCUCGUUAUAAGGUCCUCAGGAGUGUUGUUCGUAGUGAUGAGGAAGUUGUUGGAGCUUUGAAGCGCAGGGCACUUUGGUACAAAGAUUUGAUGAAUGAUUUGGUUCCAAACAUUAGUGUUUUGAGAGAGUCUGGUGUGCCUCAGGCUUCCAUCUCUCACUUGGUGAUGUUUAACCCAUUUACAGCGUAUAAGGAACAUUCAAAAUUUGUGGAAGCUGUCAAGUUAGCUAAGGAAAUGGGAGUUGAUCCUCUGAAAACAAUUUUUGUCAGUGCUAUCCGCGUGCUAAUCAGUUUGGACAAUGCACAGUGGGAAUCGAGAUUAGAGGUUUACAAGAAGUGGGGUUGGUCUCGCGAAAUCACUCUGUCAGUAUUUAGAAAGUAUCCAACUAUUAUGUCCUAUACAGAGGAGAGGAUUACAAAAUCAAUGAAUUUCCUGGUGAAGGAUAUGGGUUGGCCACCGGAGGAUAUUGCUAGAUUCCCUGCGGCUCUAGCCUACAACUUUGAGAAGAGGAUUGUCCCCAGAUGUGCUGUAAUUAAAAUCUUGCAAUCAAAACGUCUGCGAAGGAAUUCCUUAGGCUUGGCUUCCUUUAUGGCCGUGAGCGAGGAAAACUUUUUGAAGACAUUCGUGACUGAAUUUCUGGAUGAUGUGCCUCUCCUGCUGGAUGUAUAUCGAGGUUUGAUUGAUCAUCAAGAUGUACUAUAGUCUUUGAAGGUUUUUACAGGCUAUUUUUCUUACUUCUAAGUUAGACUUAAAAGAGUUUUUUAUGCUUUCCCGUUUUGUGUGAAGAGUUGAGUUGCACUUUUUGGUGGGAGGACUACUUUUUUGAGUAAUUGAUUUCUAGCAUGCUAAUUCCGUUAUCAAGUAGUUAAGACCACUUACAUGAUAUUUUCAGUUUUCUAGUCUUGGUUUAGUUUUUUAUUUUGAUAGACACAAAACGCACUUAGAGAAGAGUGCCUUUGUUUUGUAGGCCAAGGGUAAGACUGAUGAAUUUUGUCUUGAUCGCUGCCUUUUUUACUUAAAGAAAGCAUCUUAUUAAUCAUGGAAAAACAUUUGUUCAAAAACAUACUUGGAUAACCAUAGUAUAUUUCCAUCAAACCAAAUUUCAUGGAGUUGUGUUAGGCUAUUGGCAUUUAAUAAUGUUCUGUAAUUUACCUUACCAUAUGGUCACAACUUAAAAUUGACACUAUAUCUUCUUAGUUCUUACUGUCGUGACUAAUAAGUAUUAACCAAAUAAUUAAUGACAAGUAUAUUUUAGUUUUAAACCAUUUCUGGAUAAUGUGCCUUGCGUUAAUUUUAUCUUUAUAACUAAUUAUUAAUAAGAAUAUAAUGUGUAUUGGAUUUGUUGUUAUAUAGUAAAUGUGAAAUUGUUCUUGCCUAUCCUUAAAUAUAUAUUUAAUGGGGACAUGUAAGGCUAUAUGUUCUCAAGUUCCAAAUAGGAGAAAACUUUGAUUAUCGUAAUUUAAUGCUGGUUAUGUACUAAUGACUUGGAUACUAGUGUCCUAGUGUUUCUUACUAGGACUUGAUAUUAAACUUGUGUUGAUGCAAGACACAGCAGAAAACUGUCUGUCGAAAGAUUGAUUAAGGUACUUGGAGUGCCUCAACCUUCCACCCCCCUCCCAGCAACCUAUUGUCUCAACUUUCAAGGCUUUCAAAAUUUAUUGAACCUGUUAAGGUGGCUAUGAAAUGGGAAUUGAUCCUUUGAAGACAUUUUUGGUCCUUGCCAUGCAAGUGGUUGCAAAGAUGACUAAAGCAAAGUGGAACUGCUUCAGAUUUGAGGUUUACGAAAAGGUGGGGUUGGUCUUGAGUUUGAAGAAAAGGGGGCGAACCGGAGCAGUGGUAAAGCUGUUCUUUCAUGACUGAAAGGUCAUGGGUUCGAAUCCAGGAAACAGUCUCUUUGCAAUUAUGCAAAGGUAAGGCUGCGUACAAGGAUUACCUCCACCCCAUACUCGCUAGUCGGGUUUAACGGAGAGUGGUUUUUAGUGGGUUUUUUUUUUAUAUUUUUGAAGAAUGUUGUGGACAAAUUUCUCAUAAAUGUUGCUUAAUUUGACAUAUGUAGAUCAAGGUCAGAUAGUUUCCCUGGUUGUGCUUUAGUUAGUCUUCAAAGGUUUCGGCAUGUCCUCAACAGCAACAUGGAGUGAGCGUGGAUAAUGGCUGAAAGCUGAAGCUGGGUCUUGCUCUUGCAUAAUCUGUGAGUGAUAAAUGAUGCCCAAUUUUCUCAUUUCAAGAAACCGCCGCGCGAGUCUCCAAAAAUGUGCGAUUGAAAACCCUAGAUAAACCGAAUGCAGUCCUGGAUCUUCUCAAGUGUUACGGAUUCUACGAAUCCCAGAUUGC